UUACUCAAGUAUCUGCGUCUGAUCGGACUAACUACUCAAUUGUGAUUGGAAUAAGUAUAACGGUGAAAUGGUUCGUGAAGCAGAAAACCCGAAAAGAGUGAAGGAACUGAAGUAUCCAAAGGCCAUUUUCUUCAUUAUCUGCAUGGAAUUUUGCGAGAGGUUCUCCUUCUAUGGAAUGCGAAUAAUCCUAUCUUUGUACGUUAAGAACAAAUUAAACUACAGUGAUGACACAGCCACCGUAAUUUACCAUAUUUUUAUGAUGCUCGGAUACUUCUUCCCAUUGUUUGGUGCUAUUCUGGCUGAUGCAUUACUUGGAAAAUUCAGAACCAUUCUCUAUUUGAGUAUCGUUUAUGCCGUGGGUCAAAUUUUUCUCACAGCCAGCGCUGUCCCAACUCUCGGAGUACCAAUGAGAGAAUUUUCAAUGAUUGGAUUGUUCUUGAUUGGUCUCGGUACAGGUGGAAUAAAACCGUGUGUUUCGGCCCUAGGUGGGGACCAAUUCGUUCUUCCCGAACAGGAAAAAUAUCUCCUCACGUUUUUCUCAGUAUUUUAUAUCACCAUAAACGCUGGAUCCAUCCUCUCAUCAUUCCUCACCCCAGAAUUGCGUAAUGGCAUUAAAUGUUUUGGAGAACAAGAAUGCUACUCAAUCGCCUUUUUCGUUCCUGCCAUUCUCAUGAUUGUGGCCAUUGCGAUAUUCCUCGUUGGGAAACCGCUGUACAUUAUAAAGAAACCUGAAGGAAAUAUUGUUCUAGAUGUUGCCAAAUGCAUAUCGUAUGCAAUUCACAGAAGAUUGAAAUCAAAUCGAGGAGUUGACCGAGAACACUGGCUGGAUUACGCGAACGACAAGUAUGAUUCCAAACUGAUUAAUGAUAUAAAAAAAACUUCACGAACUCUGAAACUGUUCGUAGCUUUUCCAUUUUUUUGGGCGCUUGCAACACAAGUAGGAUCCCGUUGGACCUUCCAAGCAACAAGAAUGAACGGCGAAAUUGGCAGUUUUCUUCUUAAGGCUGAUCAGAUGCAAAUCGUCGAUCCUCUUCUCAUCCUCAUCUUCGUUCCUCUUUUGAAUACCUUCGUUUACCCGGUAAUGGCAAAGAUCAAAUGCCUUCACACGCCAUUGCAAAAAUUGACAACCGGUGGAAUUCUAGGUGCAGUUGCAUUUAUUUUUGCCGCGCUUGUGGAAUUGCGAUUAGAGACGACGUAUCCAGUUCUUCCAACGAACGGAUCAGCACAGUUGCGAAUUUUCAACCCUAGGGAUUGCCAAUUACCUGUUGUAAUAGGUAAUGAAUCUAUAGUGAUGGAACCAUUCGCUAUGUGGGGAGGCAGUAAUAUCAAUAUCAAAGGCAAUCAAUCGAUACCAUACGUUGCUGAUUUUUCAUACUGCGGUGGAGAUAAAAACGUAAAUGGCUUCAUUACGGCUGUAGAGGGACAGGCGACUUCAUAUGUACUGGAGUCAACAUCUCCAUACGCCUAUAAGGACUACAUUAACAAAACGAAGAGUGGGAAUCCCGCAAUUCGAGUGUUGACGUACAAUGUCCAGAACCCGAACACCUCAACAAAGGUUGAAUUAUCAGGAGUGAAUUACGUUUUUGAAAGUGCGUCAGAUCUUGAACGAGUAACACCAGUCGGAGAAUUCAUCCCAGGAGAAUACAAUGUCAAAGUUAAUGGGAAAGAUGUUGGUUCAAUAUCCAUAAAACUUGGUGGUGUUUAUACUCUGCAAACAUUUGUCGGUGCGAAUAUGACAAAAAUAGGUCUCUCAAUAGUGACUCCACCAAAUUCGGUGCACAUUCUGUGGCUUCUUCCUCAAUAUGUUGCUAUGGACCUCAAGUAUCCGAAAGCUGUUUUUCUCAUAAUCUGCAUGGAGUUCUGUGAGCGGUUCUCAUUCCACGGAAUGCGAAUAAUCCUAUCCCUGUACAUCAAGAACAAAUUGAACUACAGCGAUGAUACCGCCACCAUAAUCUACCAUGCCUUCAUGAUGCUCGCGUUCUUCUUCCCAUUAUUCGGUGCAAUUCUAGCUGAUUCGAUACUUGGGAAAUUCAAAACCAUUCUGUACUUGAGUGUCGUCUAUGCCGCGGGCCAACUCCUUCUCGCAGUCGGCGCUGUUCCAACUUUUGGGUUACCAGUCAGAGAACUUACAAUGAUUGGAUUGUUUCUAAUUGCCACGGGUACGGGUGGAAUAAAACCGUGCGUCUCAGCUUUGGGCGGAGACCAAUUCAUCCUUCCCGAACAGGAAAACUAUUUCCGCACCUUUUUCCCAGUAUUUUAUUUCGCCAUAUGCAGCGGAGCUUUUUGUUCAUCGGUUGUCACUCCCGAAUUACGUAAUGGCAUAAAAUGUUUUGAGGAACAGGAGUGCUAUUCAAUCGCCUUUUUUGUGCCUACAAUUCUCAUGGUUCUAACCAUUGUGAUAUUUCUUGCUGGCAAACCGCUCUACAGGAUAAAGAAACCUGCGCGAAAUAUUGUUCUAGAUGUUGCCAAAUGCAUAUGGCGCGCAAUUCACAGAAAGUCAAAGGCAAAUCAAGAAAUCAAGCAAAAGCACUGGCUGGACUAUGCCAACGACAAAUACGAUUCCAAAUUCAUCAACGAUUUAAAAAAAACUUCGCGAACUCUGAAGCUGUUCAUAGCUUUCCCUUUUUUCUGGGCUCUUUCAUCGCAAGUAGGAUCCCGUUGGACCUUCCAAGCUACAAGAAUGAACGGGGAAAUUGGCAGUUUCCUCCUGAAGGCUGAUCAAAUACAAGUAGUCGAACCAAUCUUUGCCAUCAUUUUAGUUCCUGCACUCAGUACCUUCGUUUACCCGGUAAUGGCAAAGAUCAAAUGCCUUCACACGCCAUUGCAAAAAUUAACAACCGGUGGAAUUCUAGGUGCAGUUGCAUUUAUUUUUGCCGCGCUUGUGGAACUGCGAUUAGAGACGACGUAUCCAGUUCUUCCAACCAACGGAUCAGCACAGUUGCGAAUUUUCAACCCUAGGGAUUGCCAAUUACCUGUUGUAAUAGGUAAUGAAUCUAUAGUGAUGGAACCAUUCGCUAUGUGGGGAGGCAGUAAUAUCAAUAUCAAAGGCAAUCAAUCGAUACCAUACGUUGCUGAUUUUUCAUACUGCGGUGGAGAUAAAAACGUAAAUGGCUUCAUUACGGCUGUAGAGGGACAGGCGACUUCAUAUGUACUGGAGUCAACAUCUCCAUACGCCUAUAAGGACUACAUUAACAAAACGAAGAGUGGGAAUCCCGCAAUUCGAGUGUUGACGUACAAUGUCCGGAACCCGAACACCUCAACAAAGGUUGAAUUAUCAGGAGUGAAUUACGUUUUUGAAAGUGCGUCAGAUCUUGAACGAGUAACACCAGUCGGAGAAUUCAUCCCAGGAGAAUACAAUGUCAAAGUUAAUGGGAAAGAUGUUGGUUCAAUAUCCAUAAAACUUGGUGGUGUUUAUACUCUGCAAACAUUUGUCGGUGCGAAUAUGACAAAAAUAGGUCUCUCAAUAGUGACUCCACCAAAUUCGGUGCACAUUCUGUGGCUUCUUCCUCAAUAUGUUGCUAUGACCAUGGCUGAAGUUAUAUUUUCCAUCACUGGACUCGAAUUUGCAUUUACGCAAGCCCCAAGUACCAUGAAAUCCCUUCUCCAGGCUGCUUGGUUAUUCGCCAUAGCUGUUGGUAACUUCAUCAUCGUGAUAGUUGCUAGGGCAGAACUGUUCAAGCGACAGGCAUUGGAGUUUUUCUUCUUCGCUGGACUAACAACCCUCACGUUCUUGAUAUUUGCGGUACUGACUAAGUCAUAUGAAUAUGACAAUGAAUCCAAUGAGGAUAAAACGCCGGGAGAUGAAGAUAAGAAGGUACCACUGAAUCAGAGAAAUGACCAAGAUGCAGAUGUUCCACAGGAUGAAGAGAAUUUUGAAUUGUUUAAUAGCAGUCGUAGGGAUUCGUAUAUAUUAAGUGAAAUAAAAUUGUGAAAUGCAGGAGAAGUAUCGAGGGGAGCUCGAAAAUUGAACUCCUAUUUCAACAUUAAAACGUUAACCGAGAGGUGCUACAAACGUUUCAACUCUUUUUAUAGAACCAAAUUUUAAUAUAAUUUAGUCUUAAUAUUUAUUCUUCCACUAUACUUCUAAAAGUCGACCUUAUAUCAGAAAUACAAAACUGGAGGUGAAUGAAUAUUUUCAAUUGUGAUUAAUUCGUGACGAAUUAAAUGACAACCUGAAUUAAGA